AUGAUCAAUCGAUCCAAUUCCAUUUUCCAUUUCCAUUUGCAGUGCUUUACAACGAUCGCGCUGCUCGUCUGCCUUGCCGCCUGGACGCAAGCGGAGCCGCCGGUGCCCCAGAACCAGUAUCUGCCGCCCAAUCAGUCGCCGCAGGCGCCGUCGAACAACUAUCUGCCGCCCACACAGAGCUAUCAGUCGCCCGCCAACAACUACUUGCCUCCUCAGCGUGGCGGCCAGGCUGGUGGCGCGGCGCCCAGCAACAGCUACGGCGCGCCCCUGCCCCAGAGCCAGUACGGCGCACCUGCCUUGACCGGAGCGAUCUUUAAGGGACAGAAUGGCGGCGGUGCCGGCGGCUAUGGCAGCGGCGGCAACGGCGGCAGCGGCUAUGGUCAGCGCGACGAGGAGCAGUACGGCCCGGCGAAGUAUGAGUUCAAAUACGACGUGCAGGAUUACGAGUCCGGCAAUGACUUUGGCCACAUGGAAUCGCGCGACGGUGACCUGGCCAUCGGUCGCUACUACGUGCUGCUGCCCGACGGACGCAAGCAGAUCGUCGAAUACGAGGCCGAUCAAAAUGGUUACCGUCCAACCAUCCGUUACGAGCAGGUGGGCAACGGCAAUGGCAAUGGCAAUGGACGCAACGGCGGCGGCUAUGACAGCAAUGCGCAGCAGGGCAAAUUCAAUGGCUAUCAGUAAGGAGAGUGCCAGUAAGGCGUUACCUUC